CUUCCCUCCUCUUCAUCCCUCACAAGUGCCAAGUCCACAGUCCAACUGCGCGCGUGCUUCCCUCCUCUUCCUCGUUGGAAAUCAUGGCCAUGAUGCUGCCGCCGCUGCUGCUUCUCCAGCUCGCCUCCUUCCUCCGCUCAGCCAUAGCCUCCACCGGCACCGGCGGCAACGGGAGCUGCACGCCGGAGUCAUGCGGGGACCUGAGGAUCAGGUACCCCUUCUCCCUCGCCGGCGCGCAGCCGCUCUACUGCGGCUACCCGGCCUUCGACCUCACCUGCGACGUCGGCACCCGACGCGCCUACCUGAGCAACACGUUCAGGGAGAACAUCUUCCGCGUCGACAACAUCUCCUACGCCAGCAACUCCAUGGUGGCCGCCGUGCAGACCAUCUUCGCCGGCGACAGCGGCUGCUCCGUCCCCGACUUCAACGUGUCGGCCAGCCUCGCCCUCUUCCCGUUCAACAUCAGCGCCACCAACAAGCGUCUCGUGUUCUUCUACAACUGCACCGUGCCUUCUGCGCUCCGGCUGCCGCGGCGGUGUGGCCCUGGCAACCACACGAUGGGGGCGUACAUCUCUGGUCUUUGGUACGAAGGCGGCACGGUGCCGGCAGGUGUUCCGACGAACUGUAGCUCGGUGAGCGUGCCGGUGCGCCGAGGACUGGAUCGAGCUCAUGAGCAGUACGAGCGGCUGAUCAGGGAUGGAUUCCUCCUGAAGCUUCCGGCGCCGCUAGGGGACUGCGAUCGAUGCAGACGGAUGAGCGGCGGGGAGUGCCGGUUCGCUGAGUUUGCGUUCCAGUGCGUCUGCCCCGACGGGAAGCUCUGCCCCAACUCCACUGAAACCAACUCAACAACUCCUCCAGAUACAGAUACAGGUGCAAAGGAUGUUGGAAUAAAGUAUGUCACAGGAAUCACAAGUGCUGUUCUGUUUGUCAUCGUACUGGGACUCGUGUGCCAUCUCAUACAACUCAACCGAGCCAAGAACAAGAAACGAUCUGCGUCAAUGGACGGCCUCAUCCGUGAAGGAUCGCCGUUGGCAUCGCUCCGCAAGGAGUUCAACGGCCUCGCCGGCUCGCCGUGCACCCACAUCUUCACCUACGAGGAGCUCGACACGGCCACCGACGGCUUCAGCAACACCAACGAGCUCGGCGCCGGCGGCUUCGGGAUAGUCUACAAGGGGGUUCUCCGGGACGGGAGCGUGGUGGCGGUGAAGCGGCUGUACAAGAACAGCUACAAGGGCGUGGAGCAGUUCGCCAACGAGGUGGACAUCCUCUCGCGCCUGCGCCACCCCAACCUCGUCGCGCUCUACGGCUGCACCUCCUCCUCGCCGACCUGCCGCGACCUCCUCCUCGUCUACGAGUUCGUCCCCAACGGCACGCUCGCCGACCACCUCCACCACGGCAAGGACGGCGGCGGCGACCCCCUCCUCCUCCCGUGGCCGACCCGGCUCGGCAUCGCCGUCGAGACGGCUGCCGCGCUGGCCUACCUCCACGCGCACCAGGUCCUGCACCGCGACGUCAAGACGACCAACAUCCUCCUCGAUGAUGGGUUCCACGUAAAGGUGGCCGACUUCGGGCUGUCCCGGCUGUUCCCGGCGGAGGGCGCCACGCAGCACGUGUCCACGGCGCCGCAGGGCACCCCCGGGUACGUCGACCCGGCGUACAACCGCCGGUACCAGCUGACGGACAAGAGCGACGUGUACAGCUUCGGCGUGGUGCUCGUCGAGCUCGUGUCCUCUAGACCGGCUGUGGACAUGGCCCAGGCCGGCGCCGACGUGAACCUGGCAUGCAUGGCCGUGCGCAUGAUACAAUGCUGCGAGAUCGACCGGCUGGUCGACCCGCGGCUCGGGUACGGGUCGUCGGCGAGCGAGACGAAGGAGACUAUCGACAUGGUGGCCGAGGUGGCGUUCCGGUGCCUGCAGCCAGAGCAGGACGUCCGGCCGUCCAUCAGCGAGGUCCUGGACGUGCUCAGGCAGGCUCACCACAGGAUCACGGAUGGCGCCGUGUCGCUGAAGAAGAGCAGAGACGGGUCGCCCGACUCCGUGAUGAACCAGUGGAUCAGCCCAUCAACCACCUCCAAUUAUAGCAGCUGAUCGAGAGAGCCUGAGACCAACAGUUCUGUACUUGAAUGAAAGGAAAUUUGUGACCCAUUAUGUGCGCCGGGCAUGAUACGAACUUACUACAGGACUCUCGAUUAUCUCACGAAUUUAUGAUACAAGCUUCAGAUACAAGUGUUAAGCAGCAAGAAGGGGAUUCGAGGGAAAGAGCCAGGGAGGUGGGAAGGAGGUUCACGCCCAACGGCGGCCGGUUCUGGUAUCUGUUAUUCGAUGCCUCUCCGGGAAGAAGAAUCCCCCAUAUAUCUUCGGUUACUAGACUUGGUCAUCUCCUGUUCUGUGGGUUGGGCUUCGUCCCCCGCUUGGGCCGAGCGGCUCGUCCUUGGCUUCACCUGAAGUGCCUAAUGU